AAGGUGCAUCCGCAACGUCCGGCAGUUGACGUUUUACAGGCGAUUUUCUUGUCGAUGCCAAUGCCAGAUUUCCAUUUGUAGGGUUUGAAUUCACGGGAAAGUCGCGGAUGCAUCGACGAGGGUUAACGCAUCUAGAAAUCAAAGUGGCGUACGGUAGUACCUUGGGCAAAUACCCGCGAGGAAUAAAAUGCUCCUAUCCGGGAGGAACAACGAGGCAACGUCUAAUGCUCUAAACCUUUUCCUACGCUCUCGCAUAAUCGCCAGUCAAGAUAUCGAAUCAUUACCCCGAAGUUCAAGUUUUGCAAGAUCUUUCGACUCCAAGCGACAAAGAGGUUUAGAGAGUGUCCACGUUCGUUUAAUAUUCAUUCGACAACGCGAGACAAGACCCAUCGACUGGAUCUACGAAAACCGUGCGUGCGGAUUUUUGGGGAGCGAGCAUUUCGUACGUACACGAGGAAGCGUAUCGGCGUCCCAUAAGCUCGAUAGUACGUUUACGUAUGACUGUGUAUAUUUAGCAACCCCUAGGGAAUCUAUAGUUAAAUAACCUUGCACGUGCACGACACAUCGAAAGCUAGACUAUUUAUAAGCGCCCCGCGGAGGAAAUUUCUCGCCUCCUCGCUGUCUCCGAAGGAGCGACCAGGAGUCGAGGAGAGGCUACACGCCGGCUCGGUCCCGCGGAAGUCCAGGUGGCCCUCUCGGGAAAGUAAGCGCGAACGCGGUCGAGCCGAGCCGGGGAAGAUGCACCAAGUGCUCAGCUUCCAGACGGCUCGGGGCUUCGGCGAGUCCAGCGAGUUCGUGACGAAGCGAAUGUGCUUCUCGUUCCUAUUCUCCGUGGGGUUUCUGUGUCUCCUCGGGGGCUUCCUGCUGGGCCGCUUCGCCUCCGAGAGGGCGGCCGAGGUCAGGGCCGCGAGGACGCGCCUCGACCUCGAGAGCACCGACCACCUGCGGCAGCUUCUUCGAAGACUCUUGAGCGAGGGUCCUCCUCCUCUCCCCGCGCCGCCGACCUCGGGACCGGAGGACGUUCCGAGGAUCGAGAGCAUCUUCUCGGGUUUCGAGUUCCUCGGCCGUUUGACUCGGGCGAACUCUUGCGUCACCGCGACGGUGCGCGGGACGAGAGAACCCGACAGAUUCGUCGUGUUGUCCGCGAGCGGCGACGGCGCCGCCGUGGCGGUGAAGCUGGUGACGACCCUGGAACGAAUUUCCGUCGACUACGACUGGAAACCUCGUCGGACUCUGAUCUUCUGCGUAUUCGCCGGCUCCUCGGAUCGCUGCCGGGAGUCGCUGCCCUUCUACGUGCGAUCGAGGGUCCUGGCGUACCUUGCCCUCCACGGCCGUAACUUGCAAGGUCAGCCGAUUGUCGUCGCGGCCUCCUCGAAUAAGUACCCGAAGGCCAAAAGCGGAGGGCUUCCGCCAGUUGGGAUGACUUUCGUCCUUCUUUCAGAAAAUGGCGAGUUGAUCGUUUCCGGCUCGGAGAUGGUACGAGCCUCCGUCCUGGAGGCGGCAGAUGACCUAAGGUCGCUACAGGAUUCCCUCAGGCGAAGAGGAUUCUACCUUCCCAGAUUGAGGACCGACAUGCCACAUGCCGUUUUUGCGUUUCUAACCGAUCAAAAUGGCACGAGGGUUGGAGACGAGGAUGGUCGGAGCGAUCGAACUCGGUGGGCCACCAUGGCUCAAAUAGUUGGCACGAGUUUGUGGAGCCUGUCCGAGAGUUUGACGCUCAAGUGGGAUCCAAAACUUCUCAAUGACGGUAUCGACGAUGUCUUACGAGACGAGAAUCCACUCGCGUCUCGAGAGGCAAGAGAGAAUCUUCGUCGAGCCGUGACCAACUUGAUAGUUAAUCUCGAAAGAAUUAAUUAUCGGGUCGAUACGACGGAGAAGUCAAAGGUGCUGGACGUCAGGAUGAUCAAUGAUUUAUUAAUGGAGCUGGAUCGAGUCCUGUUAUGCCCCGAGAAAGAUUUUAGUUCGGGGACGGAUUUGGCAUGGUUUUACCUUUCCUCUCAGAAAUCGCCUAGCUCGUAUUCUUCGAGGUUCGAUAAAAUGCAACUCUGCUUCGAACUAGCAAACGUCAUGUUGGAGACGGUCUAACGGAGCAUACAAAAGUUGAAUAAAUGGAUCUACGAGUCUUACGGUUACAAGUUUUUUCAUCGGAGAGCUAGAUAUCG